UUGUUAAUCAUUCCUAGAAGAAUUGAACCAUUGAUUAUCAAUAUAUUAGAAAACUGUUUAUUAGUUGGAAAAUUGUCCUUUGAAGAAAUUGAAGAAAAAAUAAAUGUAUAUGACAAAAAUAUCUUUUAGUGCGAUACUACUAUUUGUACCACUAAUCUCUGGAUUUUAUGAAGAUUAUGUAAAUCUUCUUUCACCACACAGGUAUGUUGAUGUAAGUGGUUCAGUACACUUGGGAAUGUAUAAAUUUGGCAAUUUAUUUGAUGACACGUCCUUUAAAUAUAAGACUGAUGCUGGUAGACAAAAUAUAAGCCAAAUUAAAAUAUGGUUUCGAAUUCAAAGUGGAGAACAUUUUAAAUUGCAUAUGUUACGUUUCCUGAAAUUACGUAAUGGACACGAAAAACUGAAUUUUACAUUAACAUUUUUAGAUGAUGCAGAAGAUUAUGUUUUAGAGCAUAACUUUACAAAUGGUUGGAAUGAAAUUGAAUUUUCUAAUGUAACAUUUAUAAAAAGAAUCUACAUAAUUGUAAGCGAAUCAGAAUUUAAUGAUCUAGAAAUUGGUGAAUUUCAAAUUCUUGGCUUUGAUAAAUAUUUUCUAUCAUGUUAUGAAUGGUCUUAUGAAUCAAAACUUAAAGAUUCCUCUGUCUUUUUAUAUGUAAUUGAUAAUUGGAUGUUAUGGGAUGUUUCAAGAAUUGAAAGUGGUUCAACUUGCCAAUCAUCAACUGGUAAUUGUAAAUUAGCCAUAAAAGAUUCUGUUGUCUAUAUUGAUGAAAUGUGGAAACCAUUGGCAACUGAUGAAAAUAUAUUUAUUGAAAUAAAAUUUCAUGAUAGAUACUUAAUUGAACAUAUUAUUGUAAAACAGCCAAUUGAAAAUGAAAUUGAUACUAUAACUAUAAAAUCUGAUGAGAAUUUAAUUGAAAUGAUUGUAAAUAAAUCUAGUUUAUUUACAUCAUUACAAACAAAAUUGACAACAAAAUUUCUUAGAUUUCUAUUUUAUAAGAGCAAUAAUCAGAUAUUUCAUGGUUUGAAUGAAAUUAAAGCAAUUGGUCGUAGAUUAAAACCCAACCAAAUUGUUUGUGAUUCUGCAACAAGUUAUAUAAAAUCAUCUGAUGUGGUAUCAUUAAGUAAUGGUAAAAAGAUGUACAAUCCAAUAUCAACUGACCAAUGUGCUGAAAGUCAUUAUUUCCCCAGUACAAGCAAUUUAAUCUUUAGAAAAUUGAAAUAUCAUUUGGCAGCUAACAGCUUUUUUUGCAAACAAUACCUUACUAUUUUCUGUAAAAAUUAUAAAUCAGAAAAUAUUGAAGGAGUAAUCUUUGCUUCAAAUAAGAAAACAUUAAAAUUUUUAGAUGGAAAAGAAAGUUGCUUUCAUGAUCAAUUUACCAAGUGUAAAUGUAUAGAUAACUUUAAUGGAAGUUAUACUGGGUCUAUAAAUUUAUCAACAAAUGAUUUACCAAUCUUACAAGUUUGUGUUAGUAAAAUAUUUAAUGAUAAUGAAACAUCACAAGUUGAAUUAACAUUUGGUAAAAUGACUUGUUUUGCUAAAAAGGAUUUUCUUCAAUCAAAUAAUCAAGAUAUUGUUGAUAAUAAUUUACAAACUUGUUCAUCCAAUAUUCAAUUUAACAGAAAGUUUGGCAAAUAGUUCUAUGCAAGUUAAUCUAUGGUUUAAAGAGAAUAAAUAUCCAUUCGAUUGUCAAGAUAUUAUGAUUUAUAAGGAAGAUAAUAAUGAAAAUUGUGGUAGUCAAUCACUCAUUCAAUGUCCCUUUCAUGGUUUUGAAAAUUCACAAUUUUCUAUUAAACUAUGUAAAUAUAUUUGUAAAUUUGGAGAAAUUCAUCAUUUACAAAUUGUAAAAAAUUACCAAAAAUACGCUGCUAAUGAUGUGAAUUUGUGUGAAGUAACAGUCAUUUUGUUAGAUAAAAAUAAUUGAAGGAUGAGUAUAUAAGGAGGAAGUAUGUCUGGUUAAUGCAUGUUGUCUAGAGUAGUAUUGUGUAUGCAAUACUGCUGAAUAGUGA